AUGAAGAUCAUCGAAGUUAUCAUCCUAGUGUUGCCCGUCAUGGCCGCCCCGGCAGAGCCCGUCCACACCCCUAACCCACAUAUCGAGCCAAUGUGGCCUAAGUGCAUCAAGUUUUACCAAGCAGUGCCGAGCGACACAUGCCAAACUCUUGCCGACAAGAACCAAAUCGAUCUCGCCGAGCUCAUAUCCCUGAACCGUGGCGUAGGAGGAUUGAGCGGGUGCUACAGGGGAAACGUCAUGGCAGGCUACUGGUACUGCGUCAAGCCUGACGGUUGGAAGUAA